UAUAGGUCAUGUCCAUAAUCCUUUCUCUCGUCACACACUAUUUCGAAACUGGAUAAGCCUUUUCGUCUCAGCUCAUCUCAUCUCAUGCUACAAAACUGAAGUUACAAGGCAGAUUUCCUACCAUUUCAUGAUUUUCAUCCAUAGAUUAGAUUAGAUUAGACUCGAUCAUUCUCCCUCACAGGAAAUCAAAGAAAGAAAUGCUAUCCACACUGCAGCAGCCCCCUCGCUCCCUUUCUCGAAUCCCUCUUCACCUUAAACCCCUCCGCUCUUUCUUCACCGUUGCGUCUGCUUCAGCUUCACAGGACCAAUCCUCCCCGCCUUCAUCUCAAAUCCUCACCCUCCGCCGCGCCCUCCUCUCUCGCCAAACCACUGCCACCCAACUAGCUGAGUCCUACAUUUCCCGCCUCUCCCUCACCGAGCCCCACCUCCACUCCUUCCUCCACAUCUCCGACACCCUUUUAAGAGAUGCCCAGCUAAUCGACCGCAAGAUUGAAAAAGGAGAGGAUGUCGGCCCCCUUGCUGGGGUCCUUGUUGGGGUCAAGGACAAUAUCUGUACUGCUGACAUGCCUUCAACAGGUGGCUCCCGCAUCCUGGAGAACUACAAGGCUCCGUUCGACGCAACAGCGGUUAGGAGAGUGAAGGAGAAAGAUGGGAUUUUGAUUGGAAAGACUAAUUUGGAUGAGUUUGGCAUGGGAAGUACCACUGAAGCUUCUUCUUUCCAGGUGACUGCUAAUCCAUGGGACUUGUCUCGGGUGCCUGGUGGAUCGUCAGGCGGAUCGGCUGCAGCUGUUUCUGCUCGGCAAUGUAUGGUGUCACUUGGUAGUGAUACUGGUGGAAGUGUAAGGCAACCAGCAUCAUUUUGUGGCGUUGUUGGAUUGAAGCCAACAUACGGGCGUGUCUCCAGAUUUGGGCUCAUGGCGUAUGCAUCAUCACUUGAUGUUAUCGGAUGCUUUGGUACUUCAGUUGCUGAUACUGGCAUCCUCCUUCACGUAAUUUCUGGUCAUGAUAGAUUUGAUGCCACUAGUAGUAACCGAGAGGUUCCUGAUUUUUCGUCGCAAUUCACUUCUAUAAAUCUUGUGGAAUCGAAACCAUUGAAGGGGUUGAAGGUUGGUCUUAUCCGUGAAACUCUUGAAGAUGGUGUGGACAAUGGAGUAAAAUCUGCAAUUAGUGGUGCCGCUUCACAUCUUGAAGAACUAGGAUGUACUGUGACGGAGGUCUCAUUGCCAUCUUUCUCCCUUGGUUUACCAGCCUAUUAUAUUCUUGCUUCAUCAGAAUCAUCUUCCAACUUAUCACGUUAUGAUGGUGUCAGGUAUGGGAACCAAGUUUUUGCUGAAGAGUUAAAUGCUCUUUAUAAUGAUUCCCGAGCAAAAGGAUUUGGUCCUGAGGUCCAAAUGAGAAUCUUGAUGGGAACAUAUGCGCUCUCAGCUGGUUAUUAUGACGCAUACUACAAGCGUGCCCAACAGGUGAGGACCUUAAUUCGGAAAAGCUUCAAGGAUGCAUUAGAUGAUAAUGACAUCCUAAUUUCUCCUGUGGCGCCGUCUGCUGCAUAUAAAAUUGGUGAAAAGAAAAACGAUCCUUUGGCAAUGUAUGCAGGCGACAUUAUGACUGUCAAUGUUAACUUGGCAGGGCUACCUGCAUUGGUUUUGCCAUGUGGAUUUGUUGAAGGGGGGCCUGUAGGACUUCCUGUUGGUCUUCAAAUGAUUGGUGCAGCAUUUGAUGAGGCUAAGUUGCUCAAAGUUGGUCAUAUAUUUGAGCAGACUCUUCAAGGUUGCAGAUUUGUUCCUCCCAUAGUAGCAGAUGAUCUUGCAUAUUCCCAACAGUAAUGCUGUCUUUGCCUUUUAGGUUAUAGAAGUCAAGUUCAGAUAGAAUGCCUGAAUAACUCUCGAGUAGAACACUGUUUGGUGAACCUUAUGGUUUGACGUGAAGCAGCCUAUACAGAUCUUUCCAACCCACACAAUUGUGUUGGAGUUCGGUUGAAGCUCUUGUUAGUCAUUGUAAUUGGACUGUUCAAAUUGAAAUGAAAUUUUGGUUGUCCCCAUAA